AUGUCUUCAACAUUAGAUCAAGGGCCGCGGCCCAAUUCAACUCAGACUCUCUCAUCCGACAAAGGCACCGACCUGGAGAGUCUGCCAAUCCAAGAACAAGCAGCGCCGAACCACGUCUCAGUGAUCAAAGGGCUAGGAUAUCUUGAUCGUUUCCUCGCACUCUGGAUCCUUCUCGCCAUGGCGGUGGGUAUUCUCCUCGGUAAUUUCGUCGAAGAAAUCGGGCCAGCGCUUCAAAAGGGCAAAUUCGUUGGGGUAUCCAUACCUAUCGCCAUAGGUCUACUAGUUAUGAUGUAUCCCAUCUUGUGCAAAGUGCGCUACGAGACUCUACACCGUCUUUUCCGCACUCGCGCACUCUGGGUGCAGAUCGUUUUCAGUAUUGUCAUGAACUGGGUCAUCGCCCCACUGCUCAUGCUCGGUCUUGCGUGGGCAUUCCUUCCCGAUCAGAGCGACCUGCGAACAGGAUUGAUAUUGGUUGGGUUGGCACGAUGCAUUGCCAUGGUCCUUAUCUGGAACGGACUCGCAGGUGGCGACGAUGAAUACUGUGCCAUUUUGGUAGCAGUCAACUCUAUUCUCCAAAUGAUACUCUAUGCGCCCCUCGCAAUCCUCUUCGUCAAGGUCAUCAGCCGCGAGACUGGCACCGUCGCUGUCUCCUACGAAACAGUCGCCACAAGCGUCGCCGUGUUCCUCGGUAUACCUCUUGGCGCUGCGAUUUUGACACGCCUUUUGCUUCGCAAGCUGGCAGGUGCGAAGUGGUAUGACCAGGUGUUCCUCAAGUGGCUUGCCCCAUGGUCACUCGUCGGCCUCCUCUACACCAUUCUCGUUCUCUUCGCCUCUCAAGGACAACAGGUCGUUCAUCAAAUCGUCUCCGUCGUCCGAACCGCCGCACCCCUGAUGGUAUACUUCGUUGUCAUCUUCUUCUUCACACUCUUCGUGUGCAAUAAGCUUGGGUAUGGAUACAAGUUGGGAGCAACCCAGAGUUUCACGGCUGCGAGUAACAAUUUUGAGCUUGCUAUCGCUGUUGCCGUCGCUACAUAUGGUCCCAAUAGCGACCAGGCACUUGCCGCCACAGUAGGACCUCUCAUUGAAGUUCCUGUGCUGAUCGGCUUGGUGUAUCUGGUAAAGUGGAUGGGUAAGAGGUCGUGCAUCUCAUCGUUUGCUAUGUCAACACUUCACGAGUCUUCCGACAACUCACGGGGCGACUCAAACUCUGAUGCUGUGAACACCAGGCCCUCGGCGCCAGUCGCGAAAAGAGCUUGCGACGCGUGCAAGCGUCGCAAAGUUAGAUGCGAUGCAUUAUCAACACCAUGCGCAAAUUGCCGCAUAUCACGCCUCGAGUGCGUUUAUAACAUAGCACCCCAGAAGAGGGGACCAAAGCGCAAGCGGAACGUUACUACACAGCCAACUUUCAGGGUUUCAGAUGGCGAAUCCAUGCGACAAGCCGGUGCGACAGUCCAUCAAAGUGAUGCGCGUCUGGGCAACACGACUUUCAGAUCGUAUGAUCUGCAGGUGUCACUUACAGGUGCUCCUUCGUCAGCGGCGAGAAACUUACAGCCCUCGUCCCAAAUACACCAACAACCCGACCUUGCGCUGCACGGCAUCGCAGACCAAUGUAUCACAUUGUACAUGAACUAUCUCUUUCCCAUAUCGCCCACCGUCCAUGAACCAUCAAUCCGUGCCAUGGUACCCUUAUUGCAAGGUAACGGUGGUGAGGAUAUGGCAGUGUUACGUAGUCGCACACUUUUAACAGCAUUGUGCGCUGUUACUGCUCUGACAUUGCCUGUCUCGGUUUUCCCAAUGCGAGAACAAAUCGGACGUCAGUUUCUUACUGCAUCGCGAGAGACGCUGAAGUCGCACGAAGAUUACGAUAUUGAGAAUCUAGACUAUAUAUCUCUAGUCACGAGGUACUAUCUUUCGAACGCCUUACAUGCCGUUGGCAAAACGCGCGUCUCUUGGCAUGUACUUGGAGAGGCUAUACGUUUCGCGCAAGAAAUGCGGCUUUACGAUGAGACCUCCUAUCAGAAUCUUGAUCCACUUGAGGAACGUCUCCUCAGAAGCAUAUUCUGGCAGAUCCAUACGGCUGACAGGUCUGCGGCGAUCUUGAACGGGCGUCCAAUCUCGCUUCACCGCGCGUGCCUGGGAGCUAAAGUCACCACGAUGUACUGGCGUGGAUCUUUGCCUGAUGUACCUUUACUGGAUUAUUCGAGCACUCCGAGCGCUCUCGACAUAGAGAGCGUGGUCAGACAGGGAUACGACCUCUGUCAAGACCUGUGGACAAAAGCGUCGAGCAUCAUCAUAAAAUUCGACUCCUUGGAAAUCUGGAACGAAGGCGUCGAGGAUCGAUCUGCCUUAGUCGGCCCGUCUCAUGAAGUCGUCAUCACUGACUAUCUUGACUUUAUUGCCAUGAUUGAUCAUUGCCGAUUUGACAUCAAGGUACCCGAGACAGUAGAUCCUGAUUCGCCGACAUCGACGCGGAUUCAACGAGCCUUUGAUAUCCAAAGAACAAACCUGUGUGUGACUUACUAUUGUUUAAAGAUGGUUCUUCUCCAGAGGUUCUAUGAAACAGGAAUAUCCGAACAUCUUGGCGUUAGUGGAACGUCGUACUCGCUUGCGUUGAGGAGGCUCGACAUCGCUAGUGACAUGGUCAGGGUACUAUCAGAGGUCUCUAUCGAGUCUCUCCAAGUGAAUGGGGAGCCAUGUGUAGAGAAGAUUCGAAGAAUAGGAGUGACUCUCCUUGAACUCAUCCAGCAAAGUCACAACCUAGCACUAACCGAACGUGCUAAAUCGUUAUUCUUCACUCUCUUAGAUGUCCUUUCGAGACUGGAUUCUCGCGUCUCCGAAGAGCUCGAUUUCAACCGUGGAUUCUGA